AUGCGUUGGGCCACCGUCCUGAUCAUCGCUGGGCUCUGUGGAGCCUCCCUGGGCCAGUACAAUGAAGAAGAAGACAUGGCUUGGUUACAGUACUAUAUGCGGCAGUCCCGUAUGUCCUCCUAUAACUACAUGCCCUACUACGAGGAUGAGAACACCCCUUAUGUGUACUCUUACCUCCCAGCUCCAGACACGGAGCCAGAGCCUGGCCCUGAACCUCAGCAAGCUCCUUCCUGGCAAUGUCCCCAAGAGUGUGAUUGCCCCCCUAACUUCUCAUCAGCCAUGUACUGUGACACCCGUAACCUGAGGUACUUGCCCUUCGUGCCUUCCCGGAUGAAAUACGUCUACUUCCAGAACAACCAGAUCACCGCCAUCCAAGAGGGGGCUUUUGACAAUGCCACGGAGCUGGAAUGGCUUGCACUGCACAACAACCAGAUCACCAGUGAGAAGAUGGGCAAAAGGGUCUUUGCCAAGCUCAAAAACCUGGAGAGAUUGUACAUGAACAACAACAACCUAACCAAGAUGCCCGGCCCCUUGCCCCGGUCCCUGAGAGAGCUCCACUUAUCUUACAAUCAGAUCUCCAAGGUCCCCUCCAAUGCUCUGGAGGGUCUGGAGAACCUCACAGCCCUGUACCUCAGCCACAACUACAUUUUUGAGAUGGGAGCAUCCCUCAAAGGGCUCAAGUCCUUGAUCCUUGCUGAUCUGAGCUACAACCACCUCAGGAAAGUCCCUGAUGGGCUCCCAAUGGCUUUGGAACAGCUCUACCUAGAGUACAACUACAUCAACACCAUCCCUGAUGACUAUUUCAAGGUCUCUCCCAAGCUGCUCUAUGUACGGAUGUCCCACAACAGCCUGACCAAUCAAGGUCUCUCUACCAACACUUUCAACAGCAGCAGCAUCCUUGAGCUGGACCUCUCUUACAACAGGCUCCAGAAGAUCCCCCGGGUCAACACCAACCUCGAGAACCUCUACCUUCAAGGGAACCAAAUCAACGAGUUCUCCAUCAGCAGUUUCUGCACCGUGGUGGACGUCAUGAACUACUCCAGGCUCCAGGUCCUGCGGCUCGACGGGAACGAGAUCAAGCGAAACGCCGUGCCCCCCGACGCCCCGCUGUGCCUGCGGCGUGCCACCAUCAUCGAGAUCUAG